AUGGUCAAGCUCACCCCCCUCGCUGUUCUGGCUGCGGCUUCGCUGUCGUCCCUUGCGUCAGCGCAGACAUACCAGCGCCUUGGGACAUGUGCGGACCUCGGCUGCAUGCUGCCGCCCGACCAGUCCGAACAUUUGCCCGGCCAGGCCUUUGACAUUCGUGUCGAGGUCCACGCGCCCGUCAACGGCUCCGAGGCCUUCAACAACGGCGUCCCCGACGAAGCCUUCACGGCCACCAUCGCCAAGGAGGGCGGCGCCGCCAAGAGCCUGACCGAAUUCUUUGGCGUCGAGGAGCCCAAGCUCGAGAAGUGGACGUUUGGUUGGUACGAGGACCUCUUCGCCGAGGACGCGAAGAAGAAGAGCGUCGUGAACGUGGCCUCCAAGAUUUGGCGCCACCUCGCUCUGUACGAACCCGGCAAAUACGUCGUCACGCUCACGUAUUAUGACGGCAAGAAGACCGUCGCCAACUGGGUCGUGCGACCUCUGGCGACGGAGAAGAAGGCCAAGAACGUCAUCUUCUUCAUUGGCGACGGAAUGACGACCAACAUGGUCACUGCCGCCCGUCUUCUCGGUCACAAGAGCAUCAAUGGAAAGUACCAGACCAGCUUGGCUCUGGACAAGUUCCCGGUCAUUGGUCACCAGAUGACUCAUUCCAUUGACAGCUACAUCACCGACUCUGCCAACUCUGCGUCUGCGCUGUACUCUGGUCACAAGAGCACUGUGAACGCCAUGGGUGUCUAUGUCGACUCUUCCCCUGACGCUUUUGACGACCCCAAGGUCGAGACCAUUGUCGAGCUGCUCCACCGUAUCUGGACUCAGGGCUCCGCCUGGGGUGCCGUCUCCACGGCCUUCAUCGCCGAUGCCACCCCCAUCGCCCUGACCGCUCACACCCGCGCCCGAUCCCUGUACGGACCCCUGAUCGACCAGGCCCUGAACGGCGUCACAAACUACACCUGGACCAAGAUGAACGGUCCCGACGUCUACCUCGGCGGCGGCGCCGAGCAGUUCUACCCGGGCAAAGGCUCCUACCUGGGCAAGGACUAUUACGCCGAGUUCGCCAACAAGGGCUACAACGUCGUCCUGAACAAGACCUCACUCGAGGCUGCCGACCCCAACGAGAGGAUCCUCGGCAUCUUCACCCAGGGCAACCUCCCCGUCUGGCUCGACCGCAACGUCCUCACCGAGAACCUGGCCAAGCUCAGCAACGACCCCACCGGCAACAAGAGCGCCGCCGCCGACGUCCCCGGCCUCAAGGAGAUGACGCUCAAGGCCGUCGAGACCCUGCACAACCGCGGCGGCGACAAGGGCUUCUUCUUGAUGUCCGAGGCUGCUUCUAUUGACAAGCAGAUGCACACCCUCGACUAUGACCGCGCGCUCGGUGACCUUCUCGAGCUCGACGACACCGUCAAGGCUACCCUUGAGAAGCUCGAGAAGCUCGGUAUUCUCCACGAGACCCUCGUCGUUGUGUCUUCUGAUCACGGCCACGGCUUUGACGUCUUUGGCAACGCCGACACAAAGUACCUCGCCGAGCAAAAAGACGACCGCGAGAAGCGCAAGGCCGUCGGCGUCUACGCAAACUCGGGCCUCUCCCAGUACACCGUCGAGAAGCCCGGCGUCUCCUACAACACGGGUCCCAACUUCCCUCUCAACUGGAACCCGCGCUACGCCAUUGCCGCCGGCUUCGGCGCCAACCCGGACCACCGCGAGGACUACAAGCUCCACGCCGACGGGCCCCGCUUGCCCGCCGUCGCGGCGACCAACACGACGGACUACUAUGUCAACCCCAAGGAUGCCGUCGACGGUUUCAUCGUUAAUGGUACCUUGCCCACCGAAGAGGCGCAGGGUGUCCACUCGCUCACCGACGUCGCCGUCUGGGCGCGCGGCCCUUGCCAGGAGACUUUCGGGGGCACCUACAGCAACAUUGACGUCUUUUACAAGAUGGCCAACUGCCUUGGUCUCGGGCAGCCGCGUAACAAUACGGCCCCUGGGUGCGGUGGCGCCGCUCGCCGUGCCAGGGCUCUUCACGCUUGA